UCAAACGCAGGCUGCUGUCUCACUGUGCCGCGUUUGUCAGCCGUCAACACAGGGUGCAGAAGGGAGCCCGAAAUGAACAAAUUAUUGACCAUGACGCACUUCCCGACCCACACGCCGCUCACUCGGGGUUAGGAGCGCCUCGACUAGGGAGAGAGAGAAGACUGACUCCAGAUGCAGGAACUGCUGAACGAGAUAGACAGGGGGGAGCUUCCCGGAGGUACUCUCUGCAUCUAGCCGUACCGGCUGCCCCGCACUGCCCAUGGUGACCGGAGCUGCGUAGCGGACCCAGGAGAACGCGUUCCGAACGAACAAUGCGGUCCCAUCCUCCCCGCUCCCCGGCGAACGCACCCCCCAAUCCCAAGUGUCCUGCAAAGAGAAGGAGGAUUUCUUUCCAUGGCAUGUUUCAUGGAAAGUCGAGAGGAAAACAGAAGCAGGAAGUGUCCAUCUCCAGUACCGAGAGCAUCCAUGCAGAGGUGACGGAGCCCGACAGAAAACCACAGGUGACCGACAGUCAGACAACCUUGACAUCUUCAGAUUCGGCGAAGAAGGCACCAUCUGGUUUUCUAGAAUGUCCCCUGUGCCUGGUGCGGCACCCGUUCGAGAACGUGCCCAAGAUUAUGACGUGCCAUCACCGCUCCUGCCUUGACUGUUUGCGCCAGUACCUGCGGAUCGAGAUUACGGAGAGCCGCGUGAACAUUAGCUGCCCGGAGUGCUCAGAGCGGCUGAACCCGCACGAUAUUCGAAUGAUCCUGAACGACCAGGCACUGAUGGAGAAGUACGAAGAGUUUAUGCUACGCCGGUACUUGGCUUCAGACCCUGACUGUCGAUGGUGUCCGGCACCAGACUGCGGGUAUGCUGUGAUCGCUUAUGGAUGUGCCUGCUGUCCAAAGAUCUCCUGUGGCCGGGAUGGCUGUGGCACUGAGUUCUGUUACCACUGCAAACAACUCUGGCACCCAAAUCAGACCUGUGACAGCGCUCGUCAGCAGCGAGCUCAAAGUCUGCAGAUUCGAGCAAAGCAAACAACAGUGCUGAACUACGGCCAGGAAGCGGGCAGUGGUGAUGAAAUCAAGCCGUGCCCACGCUGUGAGGCCUACAUCAUCAAGAUGAACGAUGGAAGCUGCAAUCACAUGACGUGCGCUGUGUGCGGCUGUGAGUUCUGCUGGUUGUGUAUGAAGGAGAUCUCUGACCUGCACUAUCUCAGCCCCUCUGGUUGCACGUUUUGGGGAAAGAAGCCAUGGAGCAAGAAGAAGAAAAUUCUCUGGCAGCUUGGCACUCUAAUUGGCGCUCCUGUGGGCAUUUCCCUCAUUGCUGGCAUUGCUGUUCCUGCCAUGAUCAUUGGCAUACCAGUCUAUGUUGGCCGUAAGGUUCACAGUCGCUAUGAUGGGAAAAAGACUUCAAAGCACAAAAGAAAUUUGGCGAUCACUGGUGCGGUUACCUUGUCAGUGAUUGCUUCCCCUGUGAUAGCAGCCGUCAGUGUCGGAAUUGGCGUUCCCAUUAUGCUGGCUUAUGUUUACGGUGUGGUCCCGGUGUCGCUGUGUCGCGGUGGCGGCUGUGGUGUCAGUGCAGCCAAUGGAAAAGGAGUGAAGAUUGAAUUUGAUGAAGACGAUGGGCCAAUAACAGUUGCUGACGCAUGGCGAGCCCUGAAGAACCCCAGUCUCGGAGACAGCAGCGUGGAGGGGCUGACCAGCGUGCUGAGCACGAGCGGCAGUCCUGUUGACGGCGUGAGCGUGGUGCAGAGCAACUGCAGCGAGACGGCCAGCUUCGCGGCUCUGUCGGGGAGCACGCUGUCUGGAGGGGCCCUCGCGGGGAGCAGUGUGCAGCACGGCAGCAGGCUGGAAACUCGAGCUGGAAGUCAAAAGCAAAACAAACUGCAUAAAGAUUCCAUCAGCCUUGGGGCAACCAGUGAUAACGCCAGCACCAGGGCCAUGGCAGGUUCCAUCAUCAGCUCCUACAACCCACAGGACAGGGAGUACAAUAAUCUGGAAGUUCAGGUUGACAUUGAAAGCAAACCCAGUCCCCUGUGUCUCACCAGUGAUGGCAGCAUCGAUGAGUUGCUUCACGUCCACUCUCAGUCAGUGGAGGGACUCUGCCACGAGGAGAAGGACAGUUCUUUCAUGAGUGACAACAGGGACUGUAUCGCGAGCAGCACCUGUGAUGUCACACUUGCUCAACCCGAGAGCAUCAGAAGCGAUGGAAACAGCACAGAUACUCAGUCGGAUGACGUGCCUGACAUAAGCUCUGAUGAAUGCGAUUCACCCAGUCCAAUUAAUGGCAGACAUUUGGAAAUCACAGAUAUCAAGCUCUUAGACAUUGAGAGUUUGGAAUGUGAUGAUUUUGAGCAAAGGGAAUGCACUCUUGAACAAGAUGGGCAGCAAAUAGAGACUGUUGUACAUUACUUUUAAGCCAUCCAAUCAUCACUAAUUAACCAACUCACAACACGCACCUUAUUCAGAAUAUUGAAAUUUUAUGUGUCUAUGUUGUUUUAAAUAUACAAAGUGUACCCUGAGUAUCACAUUCUUGAUGCAGUAAAUAAAAAUGUUAAUCACUUACUUUCUUGAUGAAA